UUGGCCGGCCGGGGCUGGGGGAGGUGAGAGGUGCUUUAGCCAUCCGCCGCUUUCUCCCCCUCCAUACACACACACACACACACACACACACACACACACACACGCACGCACACCCCUCAACCGCGACGGGUUCUCCGCAGCUCGCAGACACCCUAAGGGAGGGAGAAAGAGAGAACGGGAGCAGAGGGAAGCCGGGAGCAGAUAGAAGGGAGAAGGAAGAGCUCAGGGUUGGACAUUUUUGGAGCUAGGGGUGGGGAGGAGAAAGGGAGCGUACCUCCUCGAUUUUCCCCUCCCCACCCCUCUCUGCUUUUCUCUCCCCUUCGUUGUAUAGCAUUUUCCAGAAGCGGCAGCGGAAGGGGACAGAACCCUUUAGUCUAGAAAGAUUUGGAGGGGUGGCCGGGUCUCCCGCCAGCCGCUACCCGGCAGCCGGAGCUGGGGUGUGCGUCUGUGCAUGUCAGAGUGUAAAUGCGGUUCUCUCUGUGUGCCUCGCUCUCCCUGUCUCGCUCUCCCUGUCUCUUCUCUCUUUCUCUCUCUCUCGCUCACACACCCGUGCCGGCUCCCCUUGUCCGUUUCCCCGUGUCAGUUUCUUCCCCUGCUCCUGCUGUGCGGCUGGCGCCGUGAAGGGCGUGCGUGCCCUCGGAGCGGCCCAGGUGGGGUCAGACAGCGGGGAGAAGCGAGAGAGCACACGGCAGGGGGCGGGUGGCGCCAAGAGUUUGGGGGCGCUGACGGAGGCGGAAGGUGAGGAGGGCCGGCCGGCCACAGGGAAGUUUGGGGAUAACUGAGGAGCGAAGGGACAAAAACCAAGGUAGGACCAGCACUUGCGCCUCUCGCCGCACCCCGCCCCUUUCCCGGUGCUGCUCUGCCCACCGCUGGGCAGCCUCCAGGCCCGGGGCUGUCCCGGGCGGCUGCUGUUUGCGCGCCGCCGCCGGUCGGAGACCGAGUCCGGUAAGGCGGCCGCACCGCGCGCCUUGGCUCGCGGACACCAGACGACGCAGAUCCGAACAGACCGAUCGGCCCGGGAAAAGGAAACAGACAUAGAGAAGAGGUAAAUGUGACUAGUUCAAGUUCAUACUUCAAUUAGCAGGAGAGCUGACACUAGAAUCCAAGUCUCCUAAUUCCCAGGACACUAUUCUUCAAACUGCACCAUUUUACACAUACAGGUUGCUAAGUUGCUAUGAACCAUGGCCCAACUGUACUACAAAAAAGUCAACUACUCACCUUACAGAGACCGUAUCCCCCUGCAAAUCGUGAGGGCUGAGACAGAGCUCUCUGCAGAAGAGAAGGCGUUCCUCAAUGCUGUGGAGAAGGGGGACUAUGCCACCGUGAAGCAGGCCCUACAGGAGGCUGAGAUCUACUACAAUGUCAACAUCAACUGCAUGGAUCCUCUGGGCCGGAGCGCCCUGCUCAUUGCCAUUGAGAAUGAGAAUUUGGAGAUCAUGGAGCUACUGCUGAACCACAGCGUGUAUGUAGGCGAUGCAUUGCUCUACGCCAUCCGCAAGGAGGUGGUGGGCGCUGUGGAGCUUCUGCUCAGCUACAGGCGGCCCAGUGGAGAGAAGCAGGUUCCCACUCUGAUGAUGGAUACCCAGUUCUCUGAGUUCACACCGGACAUCACUCCCAUCAUGCUGGCCGCCCACACCAACAACUAUGAAAUCAUCAAAUUGCUUGUUCAAAAACGGGUCACUAUCCCACGGCCCCACCAGAUCCGCUGCAACUGUGUCGAGUGUGUGUCCAGUUCAGAGGUAGACAGUCUGCGCCACUCCCGCUCCCGUCUGAACAUCUAUAAAGCGCUAGCAAGCCCCUCACUCAUUGCCUUAUCAAGCGAGGACCCCAUCCUAACUGCCUUCCGUCUGGGCUGGGAGCUCAAAGAGCUCAGCAAGGUGGAGAAUGAGUUCAAGGCCGAGUAUGAGGAACUCUCCCAGCAGUGCAAGCUCUUUGCCAAAGACCUGCUGGACCAAGCUCGGAGCUCCCGGGAACUGGAGAUCAUCCUCAACCAUCGAGAUGACCACAGUGAAGAACUUGACCCUCAGAAGUACCAUGACCUGGCCAAGCUGAAGGUGGCAAUCAAAUACCACCAGAAAGAGUUUGUUGCUCAGCCUAAUUGCCAACAGUUACUUGCCACUCUGUGGUAUGACGGCUUCCCUGGAUGGCGACGGAAACACUGGGUAGUCAAGCUUCUUACCUGCAUGACCAUUGGAUUCCUCUUUCCCAUGCUGUCUAUAGCUUAUCUGAUCUCACCCAGGAGCAACCUUGGGCUGUUCAUCAAGAAACCCUUUAUCAAGUUUAUCUGCCACACAGCAUCAUAUCUGACCUUCCUCUUCAUGCUUCUCCUGGCUUCUCAGCACAUUGUCAGGACAGACCUUCAUGUACAGGGGCCUCCCCCAACAGUCGUGGAAUGGAUGAUAUUGCCUUGGGUUCUCGUGAGAUUGGCAGUGACCCCACGGCUUAAUUCUGUUAACCUAACAUCUUCAAAUACAAGAAACUGCCUGUCGGUUGGUUUAGAAGGAAAGCCAAGUAUCAAUCAGAAUGGGUUUCAGUAUAAUGGUUCUCGUCCAAGGGAAGAAUGGGAAAUGUGGCACCCGACUCUGAUUGCGGAAGCACUGUUUGCAAUAUCCAACAUUUUAAGUUCGUUGCGUCUCAUAUCCCUGUUCACAGCCAACUCCCACUUGGGGCCUCUGCAGAUCUCUUUGGGGCGCAUGCUGCUUGAUAUCCUCAAAUUCCUCUUUAUCUACUGCCUGGUACUGCUGGCUUUUGCCAACGGACUGAACCAGCUUUACUUUUACUAUGAGACCAGAGCGAUCGAUGAACCAAACAACUGCAAGGGAAUCCGAUGUGAGAAACAGAAUAAUGCCUUCUCCACGCUCUUUGAAACCCUUCAGUCGCUCUUCUGGUCUGUAUUUGGCCUUCUAAAUCUCUAUGUUACCAACGUGAAAGCCAGACAUGAGUUCACAGAGUUUGUGGGAGCUACCAUGUUUGGGACAUACAACGUCAUCUCCCUGGUGGUGCUGCUGAACAUGCUGAUUGCCAUGAUGAACAACUCUUACCAGCUUAUUGCCGAUCAUGCCGAUAUUGAGUGGAAAUUUGCAAGGACAAAGCUCUGGAUGAGUUACUUUGAUGAAGGUGGCACCUUGCCACCUCCUUUCAAUAUCAUCCCCAGUCCCAAGUCAUUUCUCUACCUUGGUAACUGGUUCAACAACACCUUCUGCCCCAAAAGAGACCCUGAUGGGAGACGGAGGAGGCACAACUUGAGAAGCUUCACAGAACGCCAUGCUGACAGCCUGAUACAGAAUCAACAUUACCAGGAAGUUAUCAGGAAUUUAGUCAAAAGAUACGUGGCCGCUAUGAUAAGAAAUUCCAAAACGAACGAGGGACUGACAGAAGAAAAUUUUAAGGAAUUAAAGCAGGACAUCUCCAGCUUUCGAUAUGAAGUACUCGACCUCUUAGGAAAUAGGAAACACUCAAGGAGAAGCUUUUCCGCGAGCAGCACCGAACUGUCCCAGAGGGAUGAUACCAAUGAUGGCAGUGGUGGGGCUCGGGCCAAAUCCAAGAGUGUCUCUUUCAAUUUAGGCUGCAAGAAAAAGGCCUGCCACGGGCCACCUCUCAUCAGAACCAUGCCAAGAGCCGGCGGUGCCCAAGGGAAGUCAAAAGCCGAGUCAUCAAGCAAACGCUCCUUCAUGGGUCCUUCUCUCAAGAAACUCGGUCUCCUAUUCUCCAAGUUUAACGGUCAUAUGUCUGAACCCAGUUCAGAGCCAAUGUGCACCAUUUCGGAUGGCAUCGCUCAGCAGCACUAUAUGUGGCAGGACAUCAGGUAUUCUCAGAUGGAGACCGGGAAAGCAGAGGCCUGCUCUCAAAGUGAAAUUAACCUCAGUGAGGUAGAAUUAGGGGAAGCCCGGGGCGCUGCUCAGAGCCGUGAAUGCCCUCUAGCCUGUUCCAGCUCUCUCCACUGUGCAUCCAGCAUCUGUUCCUCGAAUUCUAAACUUUUAGACUCCUCAGAGGACGUCUUUGAAACUUGGGGAGAGGCUUGCGACCUGCUCAUGCACAAAUGGGGUGACGGACAGGAAGAACAAGUUACAACUCGGCUCUAAGUCAGACCCCUACCACCUGUUCUGGAACUCAAGAGAAACUUUGUAAUUUCCUUGCUCUCAAAGGUGACACGGCGGACGACUCCCUCAUUGCCCUGAGCCACCCCAGCCCCACCCCUCCCCCACCCCUCCCCCACCGCCCCCCCAGAAAGGGGAGUGAAACUCCUAUUAUUUUCACUGUCUUUUAUAGCCACAUUUUCCAUGUUCCGUUCUUGUGAUUAUGAUUCUCGUUACUGCUAUUAUUUGCCUUUUUAUACCUAUUAACACUAAGUCCAUUUCACAACCGACUGAAGGGGUGUUUGCCCCUGGUCAGCAGAGGUGCAGUGGGUGCUUAACCCCUUGGCUUUGCUUUUCUUACCCUUGCUUCCUUGAAGCUCCAGGUGCCACUUUGCUACUGUUGCUGCCGCUCAGAUUCCUGACCUUCCUCAGGGUCUCACCGCAUUUCCCCACGAGACUGAGGGAGGUGCUCAGCAGUCCCCACCAGCUAUCAAAUAAGGCAAAGCAACCUGCCUGUCUCCGUCGCCCAUCAGUGCUCCACGCUGCCCAUUCUGGUCCAAUGAACAGCAUCAAAGGGAGACUGAACAGACUCCAAAGAAUUGUCAGCUUGUGGUUUCUAGGUAUAACUGGCCUUCUUGUUGUUUUUGUUUUUAAACACGACAACUUCUGUGCUCGCUUCGGCUGCACACACACUUAAACACGACAACUUCUCCUGAUCGUGGGGGCGGUUGGCUUCUUUGGUUUCUUAAAGAUGUGCUAGUUGCCCUAAUAUUUACCACGUAGUAUGUGUCGUAUCUAAUAAGUUAGUGAAUUCCUUUCUUGUGUUUGUGUGUUUCCGUUCCUUACGGCAUUUUAAAAUGCGACAGUAUCGAGAUUAGUAUUUAGGAUGUGUCCCGUUUUUAAAAAACUUCUGCACUCUAACCAGUAGUCACUACAUCUCAGAGGUUGGCAAGAAAAAUAAUUAGCUGGUACAUUCAUAGGGUCCUAUCUACUGUGGAUAGUUUUAAUCAUCAUUGCUAUCGAAAGCAUUUCUAAGGUAAAAGUCUGGGUUUGAAAAUGUUUUUUAAUCAGAAAGAUAACCUCUUGUUAAGGUGUUGAAAUCUGAAAAGAGCAUCUUCGUGAAAAAAACAAUGUUGGGUCUAGAUAACCUGAUUCAGGUUGCAGUUUGAAUAUUCAUGGGGGACAGUGAAAUUGCAUGUGUAAACUUAUGUUAGACAUAUAACGUGACCUUAGUGAAUUCAUGGAACUAUAAACGUGAUCCGACUUCUACUGUCUUCACAGAAAGCAGCAUUUAUACAUACAAAUUAUUUGCCACAGCUUGAGAGUACCUCAUCAGAUUCCAAAGGUUAAAAAUGAAGGUUAAAAAAUGAAGUCCAUAAUACAUAUGGUUAUCAUGUUGAUCCAAUAACCCCUGAGAGAUAAUCUGCUGACCAACAGUGGGUUUGGGGGGGGGUUUAUUUUUUUUUUCUACCAACAUUAGCACAAAGUUAUCCCCAACUUACACUCUAACAUAUGAUCCAAACAGCCCUAGGUCUGGGUACUAGAGAGUAAAUUAACAGUGCGCAGCUCAGAAAACUCAGAAGGUUAGGAUGUUCUGUUCCUGUAAAUUGCAACAGUAACAGAAAUCCAUCUAAAACCAUGUGUGUACUUUCUGGUAAAAGUAAGUAUGAUGAAGCAUUUUCAAAUAAUGCCUAUAUGCCUCCAAGAGAGCUUGUGACAGUGUAGUUUCUGUUAUUUGAACAGAUUCCCAUUUCCAGCCCUAGCUUUGGUGACUGAUGGUCAAAAUAUUUCACAUGAACAUGAGGUUCACAUGAACAAGAAAUGAGGAGGGGGAGAACAGGAGGAAGUGUUGAAGAAUAAAGCUCAGAUCCAAGGAAAAACCAUCAAGAGAA